AUGUUCUCCUUGAAAUGGUUCAAUACUCCAUCGAUCGGCACAACUGAGAAAUCGCCGAGAAAACUAGAAGGACCAAUAAUGAAUAUGCCGGAUUUGGUGAUGAGAAAGAUUAUGGAAAAUGUUGAUUUUACCACGAUGCUGAAACUUCGAAAAGUGUGUCACUCGUUCCGAAACUUCAUUGAUGAAACGAAACUGGAUAAUGAUUUGGCAAGAGUCAAUAUCAAUGUGACACCGUCAGCAAUAUAUGCGAUUCUCAAUUUUGUUUCAUCAUCUAGGGAAUUUGUAUACUUGUAUUACAUCAGAUAUGGGAAGAGCUGUUUGUUCAAAAUCAGAGAAGGAGGAAUUGAAGAAGCUAAACUCAUAAAAAACCAAGAUUUCGUUGAUGCAUUUUUCAACGACUUUGGUUUUAUUUUAAGAAACCAAUCAAAACCGUUGAAAAACAUGAAUAUCGAUAAAUUGUCAUAUACACCAAAUCACUACGACCAAGAUCUUAAAACUACGUAUUCAAUUAAUGAAUGGUGCACUGGUACACGUCAGUUAAAAGAUACUUUCGACGCUGGCAAGCAUCUGCGUGAGAUAAACAAGAAGUAUGCGUUGCAACCAACUGACGAUAAAUUUCAUGAUCGAUUUGAUUGCAUUCUGAAAUCAAGAGUAUCUCCCAUUCCUAUAAAAAAUCUGGAAAUGAGAGUUUUGCGACCAAGUUAUUUUUUGAAUAUGAUUCGCCUUAUUGAUAUGAAUCAGUUGAGGGGGAUUGAGAUAUCGAAAGCGUAUGAGGAGAACGAUGAUGAAGAUGGAAAACAGCUGGUUUUGAAUGAGAUCGUGGAGUUGGAUGUGUUCAAACGUAUUCAAAUAUUAAAUAUUGGGAAUUUCAAAGUAACAGUGCCUCUUGAAUUAUUUCUACACAUACCAGAUCUGACACUUUCCAUUUCAACACUAACUAUUGAAGAUGUUCUGUUGAUAAAGAAGAACAUGCUCACUUCUUCAACUGAAAAAUUUCGAGGGGUUUACUACGAUCGCAUAGAAGACAAGGAUACAGUACACAACACCCUUGGACAUGCGAAUCUUCACGAUUCGUAUCUCCAAGGUAAUAUAUUAUGUUGGUACUUCAAACUUCCGGAAUCAGAUCAAGCGCUCGAAAUCAGAAAUUAUGGCAAACGCUUUUGGUUCACAUGGACCAACGCUUUAUGGAUUCCUAAAAAUGAUGUGGUUUAUUGA